CCGUUAACGCUUUAAACUUCCCGCCUGCCACUCGCGGCACCGGUGGCCAUGUUGCUUGUUAGCCGCCGCAGUUUCCCGGCGCUGCGGACAGCAGAAGCAGUGGGUGGCUGCGGCUGCGCUGCGUUCUCUUCGGGACCGACGCUGAGGGUUGCGGCCGGCCCGUCGCGCCUCGUUUCUUCGGGCUCCGCCGCUGGGUCGGUGCCGCGGCCGGGAGCGGAGGCGAAUCUGCCGCGCCCGUGCUCCCGCUAGCGCGGUUUGGGCGGUUGUCAGGGAGAAACAAGAUGGCUGCCGCGGCGACGGAGGAGGACACGGAGCUGCGGGACCUGCUAGUGCAGACGCUGGAGAGCAGCGGCGUGCUCAAUAAGAUCAAGGCAGAGUUGCGAGCAGCGGUUUUUUUGGCACUGGAAGAACAAGAGAAAGUAGAGAACAAAGCACCUCUGGUAAAUGAAAGCUUGAAAACUUUUUUAGGUACAAAAGAUGGUCGUUUGGUAGCAGGUCUUGUUGCAGAAUUUCUACAUUUCUUCAAUCUUGAUUUUACAUUGGCUGUUUUCCAGCCUGAAUCAAGCACACUAAAUGGCCUUGAUGGUCGUGAAAACUUAGCUCGAGAUUUGGGAAUUACAGAAGAAGGAGGCACUGUGGGUGGUCCCCUGUUACUGGAGGUUGUUCGAAAAUGUCAGAAGAAUAUUUCAAGCAAUGGAGAAGUGGCUCCAGUUCUAAGUGAUAGCCUGUGCCCCACAUCAAAAUCAUCUGAUGGAAGGUCGAGUACACAUCCAGUACCAAGUAAGGCUACUGAAACCACUCAAAAUGAUACAAGCGAUUCAUCAGGGGAAGGAAGCAAAAGAAGCAUUCAUUUUCUGCCUAAUGAAACAAACCUAGAUCCUCAACUAGAAAACAAAGACUUGAAUACCAAAGAAAAAAGUGAUCCAGGUGUGGAUGAAGAUGAUGUAGAGGGAGAUUCUUUUUUUGAUGAUCCUAUACCCAAACCAGAAAGAACUUAUGGCUGGCCCCUUGAUAAAAGUAGUGAUUCUGAUGAAGGUGCAGGAUCUCUGUCUGUGAAAGAAGGCAGGCAGAAGUCUCUGCAUAGGAAAACUGAAGCUAAUAAAGCAGGAGGUCUGGAUUCCCUUUCUGAUGCACCGCCUUUAAAAAGUGGGUUAAGCUCCCUGACUGGUGCACCUUUGCUAAAGGAGUCUGAUAAUUUGCAUAGAAACACUGUUUUGAAAGACCUGCGGCUGGUGAAUGCAAAACUGGGAUCACUAGAAUUAGGAAAUGGAGAUGACGACGAGUAUGCUGAUGACUUCAACAGUACUAGUCAUCGCUCAGAAAAAAGUGAUAUCAGUAUUGGUGAAGAAAUAGAUGAAAUUUCUGUGGGAACAGAAGAGUCAAUUGCCAGUGAUAAACUUGAAGGCAUCACGCAAGACCUUACUAUUUCUCAGUUAAGUGAUGUGGCAGAUUAUCUAGAAGACGUGGCAUAGAAUUAGACAGCAAAAAUGUUUCAUUGUGCUGGACUAGAAGACUGCUGUGGACUACUAAUUUCAGACAAUCACUUCUUGCUGGAACGUCCACUCUAUUUGUGCCUUGUAUUUCAAAAAGACUGUACGUGGAGAAGGCUUUUAAAUAUUCUUAACACGAACUAAAUGAAAUAUUGUGUUCCCAUUUGAGUCUGAUACUUUUUUCAUUUGGUUCAGCCAGACCUUUUACAGCAGGAGGUGGAUUUUUCCACGCAGAAUGUCCAUUGCUGGCAGUGGGCAUAAUAAAAAACAACUAAUAAGAGAACAGUGACAGAGAAGCAUGUGGCUUUAUAACAAACUUGCACUGUUAUUGUAACAGUCUGAAUUAGUUUUUUUUUAAAGAUAACCAAAGCAAGAACCUUCAGAGGCAGUGGUUCAACUCGCACUUCUUUUAACCCUAUUUUCCUGAGACAGUAUGUAAUACAUAUUUAUGGUAACUAGCCACAACAGCCAGUUGCUCGAGACUUACUUGAAACUGCUGGUUUUCAGACUCCUCUGAAAGAUGGACUUUUUUAGGCACAUCAAAUGGAGAGUAUUUAAACUCUCAAGUCCAAAUUUAGCUAAAUUUAAGAGCUAAGUUUAGCAUUAGUCUUAACUGACUAUUCUUGUUUAAAUCUGUUUUUCAGACCAUUGGUGUUGAAGACCUAAGCUGUUUUUAUACAUGAUAAUUUCAUUGAUGUUACCUGUCGUUAAAUCACAAUAAGUAAUUUUGUAAAGAUCCACAAAUCGUUAACUAAAUCUUAGCAGUUUAAGUUUUUAGCAAUGUAAUGGUUUGUGGAGCUGUUACUGCUGAGGGCUCUUCAUGUGCUGUAAGCUCACUUUCAUUCUUGAAAACUCUUACUGUGUAAAAAUGAGCGCCAGAAAAUGAAACCACUGACCUUGUUUUUCAAAUUGACUGCUGUACAGAAUUGCAUCCAAAUAUUGAAAAAUACCUUGCAGAAGACAUUACGGACACUAAGUUCUAGCUAGGAGCAAAUUCUUGUACUUUCAUUAUACUUUUGCAAAUCAGGGUCAGUAAUGGAAACUGAUAGUUCUUUAACAAUACUGUUGUACGUGGCGCUGCUAUAACAUAUAGGUCAUGGACAUUUGUGAUACUCAAACAAGACUUCAAAAUGUGCACUUUUUGAACAUUGUGAACACACUUGGAAAAUAUACAUGUAAGUGAAUAAAAAUAAUAUGGGGGGGUUUUUUAGGCUUUGUAAUAUUCUUUUUUUUUUUUUUUUUUUGCAGGAACACUGUUGGCUGCUUAUUAGUGGUCGCCACAGUGGAAGUAGCGUGCUAAACUAAAGCCAUUGGUUAAGCAUUAGAGCUGCUACUAGCGUUGGAUGCUGACUUAAAUCUUUGUUUGCACUGGGCCAGCAGGCAUGGAACAGUGCUGGGAAGUUAGGCUUGUACAGUACAUAAAUGAUCUGAGAGGAGAGAGGAAAGGCGUGCCUUUUAUUUAUGUGCACCCCAAAACAGCCAGCAAAAAGCAUCAGAAUAUUUAGUCAUGGUGUUAACUUCUAACUUUGUGCCAUAUUGUACCAGAUGAACACAGAUUUUAUUUUUUUUCCACCCCAAAAAAUCAAUGUGCCAUAGACUUCAAAUAGCAACAACGUUGUAACAUACGCAUCCUGUGGGGGGAAAAAAAUCCCUUUAAGUAUGGGGGAACCUGUGCCUCAAGAUACUACAUAUGAAAAGUUUGUUUGGGGCUGGUUUGGAGUUUUUUUGUGUUUUGGAGAAAUGCAACAGCACGAAUGAAGGAAAUAAAAUUCCAUUUGAA